AUGGAGAAAACAUCGACAACCCCUCAACAUGGGGUUUCAGCCUCAAAACAAAAUUCUCAUGAUGAGGAUGGCAAGUUCGAUGUUGAUCUUGAACAGUCUGACAUGAGAGCAGCGAACGGUCUUCUGGAAGCAUUAGGAUAUGAGCCUGAGCUCACCAGAAACCGUUCCACGCUCCAAGUUGCCUUUAUGUCCUUUGUUCUCGCAUCCAUUCCGUAUGGAUUAUCAACCACAUUCAUUUACCCGCUUCUCGGUGGAGGCUCUGUCAAUAUAAUUUGGGGAUGGUUGAUGGUUUCCAUGAUUAUCCUCUGUGUGAGUGUCUCUCUUGGUGAGAUCACUUCGGUGUAUCCAACAGCUGGAGGCGUUUAUUAUCAGACAUUUAUGCUUUCACCAUCAUCAUAUCGAAGAAUUGUUGCCUGGAUCUGUGGCUGGUCAUAUGUGGCCGGUAAUAUCAUGAUCACCCUCGCUGUCAACUUUGGAUCUGCGCAAUUCAUGAUCGCCUGCAUCAAUGUCUUUGAGACGUCAGAAGGAGUGGGGAUAUUUGAGGGGAAAUCCUAUCAGGUCUUUCUUGUUUUUCUCGCAAUUACACUUUUAUGCAAUGCCGUUUCAGCCUUUGGCAAUCGGUGGCUCCCCCUUCUUGAUACUUUUGCUAUCUUCUGGACACUCGCUGGUGUCUUAGCAAUUGUGAUUUGCGUCUUGGUCAUUGCCAAGAAUGGCAGACAUGAUGCAGAAUACGUGUUUACAAAUUUUGAGCCUCAGUCAGGUUGGCCAGUGGGUUGGUCAUUUUGUGUUGGACUCUUACAGGCUGCCUAUACUACUUCAUCAACAGGAAUGGUUAUAUCUAUGUGCGAAGAAGUCCAAGAACCGUCACGACAAGUUCCGAAAGCAAUCGUUGGCACAACCAUUCUCAACACACUCGCCGGUCUUUUAUUCCUGAUUCCACUGGUCUACGUGCUUCCGGAUACAGCAGAGCUCAUCGCCCUUCAGUCAGGCCAACCUGUGCCCACUAUCAUCAAAUCUGCAAUCGGAAAUUCAGCCGGGGCCUUCGUUCUACUGAUUCCACUUAUUGUGCUAUCCUUGCUUUGUGGUAUUGGGUGUACCACUGCUGUAUCCCGGUCUGUAUGGGCUUUUGCCAGAGAUGGAGGUAUCCCAUACUCCAACAAGUGGAAAACAGUAAACCCCACCCUCAACAUUCCUUUCAAUGCCAUGAUGUUAGGUAUGGUGAUCGAGAUUGUUCUCGGGCUUAUCUACUUCGGAUCAAGCACCGCCUUUAACGCGUUCUCCGGUGUUGGUGUCAUCACCUUAACGGUGAGCUAUGCCUGUCCAAUUGCUGUCUCAUUCCUUGGCGGGCGCCGGCAAGUCAAGAAUGGGGAAUUUUAUCUUGGAAAAUUCGGUGUCUUUUGUAAUAUUGUGGCUUUAGCGUGGAGUGUUCUCGCGGUUCCCCUCUUCUGUAUGCCUUCCUACAUACCCGUUACUGCACAGACAGUCAACUAUGCACCUGUUGUAUUCGUUGGAUUCAUCAUGUUAGCUACUGGUUGGUAUUGGGUAUGGGGUAGGAAGAAAUAUGUUGGUCCGCCGAGUAUUGAAGAUGCAGUGAUUGAUAAUCGUCUUGAUGAGGCCUGA